AUGAAUGACUGCGACGAGGUGAACAAUAUAUCGUAUGAUCCUCUAUAUCGAUAUAGUCAAUUCUACACUCUUCUCACUUCAAUUUUCUCCGUUUUUCCAUUACUCUACCUGAUCAUUUUUAAGCUUCGUGUGUGUACAUUCAAUGAUAAUAUCAAAUUUUUAUAUAUAGUUUACUUCACUCAAAUACUUAUCUCAGUGCUGAACAAUUGCGUUGUAUUUGCCCACCACGUCGUCAUCCCUUUCUUGGCAGUCUCCAAGUGUGAUUUGUUAGUGAAUCCCGUGAAAAACCGUAUCUUUCAAAAUAUCGGCGUUUUCGGUAUUUCUUGCCCAAUGCUCACAAUUCUUGGAAUAACUGCUGAACGCCUUCUGGCUCUGAUCUUUGCUCGUUGCUACGAAAAUGUUAAGCUUCAUAUUGGAGUGUUUAUCGGUGUUUUUGCAAUGCUUUGCGACAUGGCACUUGUCUAUUUCUUCUUCCUCGAUGAGAAAUUCGAUCAACCGUCCAUCUCAUACUUUAUGGUUCCUGAUACUUCCGGUUAUAAAAUGAAUUGGUUAUGCUAUUCCUUACUUGCUAUUAAUAGUGUAAAUUUAGUUUUCAAUUAUUUUUUGGUAAAGAUCAACACUAUUUUGAAAGAAAAAUGGCGUAAUUCUUUAUCAACUCGUUAUCAAAUGGAAGAGAACAUUAUAACCACGAAAUUCUCCACUUUUAUCUCAUUUAUUCAUGUAUUCUUCUUCUCGCUCUAUCUCAUUUUCACCCUAAUUAUUCGUCUUCUAGGACCAGGAUUUUUGAAAACACAAGCCGAUUUGAUGUCGGUCAGAGGUGUUUACAUCACUAUUCCCACGUAUAAUUUGAUUAUUGGUAUUGCUUCAUGCGUCAUUCUACGGCAUUUGCAAAGACAAAAAGUUGCAAAAGUUUAUGCGGAAGUUACAUUGAAGUAUUCUGGAAUUGACGGGGCUCAGAUUCAUCAAGAGGCUAUUUUAAAUGUUUGGAAGACUAAGUCAUCAGGACGGAAGUGA